UCUGUUCUUUUUAAUUCAAAACAUCUUUAUAACACUCCUAAAACUGGAUAUUAUGAAAGGACUUUCAAAAUCUUGUCUUCAGUGAUUUUUGUUCCGCUGGUGUCAUAUACAUCAAUCGCGAUGACUUUCAGGGCAAAGAAUGAGUCAUUGCGCUGGCAGAAGGAGGGCUGCCUGCCUGUAUGGAGCCGAAGGUAUCAGCGUAACACGACUGGAAAUUAUCGCGAUCAGACGCUAAGCAAGCUGAAUGAGUACGAUAUAGAGAUCGCGGAUCGCCUGUGGUCACUCUGGGGCAAUCUGCAUCCUGAGGCACCUGUUUUCCAGAGCAAGUGUCGUGGACGCCAAUAUCUUGCCAUCUAUGUGGUCGCCUGCUGUGCGGCCAGCAUUUACAUCUUAAUGGACUGGAGCGCCCAACUGAUGGAUACGAUUGUCGUGAGUGGCAACAAGUACUUCCAGGAAAGUUGCGCUAAAAUAAAACAAAAGGACUACGAGUUUUCCUUGGAGAACCUCAACAUUGACUGCGCACUCGAAUCAAUCAACUUUGUGGUUCACAUCGAACAUGUCUGCUAUGGCAAGCUCUAUUGUGCGCCCACCUUCAAUCGCAUGAAUCUCUGCGAGGCACUCAUCUACUUCUUCAGCCACUACCAAUUUGGCAUCGUGAUGGUGCGUAAGCGUGCUGUGGCCAUUGGGUGCUGUCCGGGUAUAGGCGGAGGCUACUUCAUGUUUGAUUGCCAGGAAAAGGAUCAGCCGCUGUUCCCCAAGCAACAGGGCGCCUCGUACCUGCUCCGCACACGACAUCUGCAGGUGCUGCUCUACUGCAUAGUAGUCACUCUGAACGUGCCCUGCUACAACAUCGGCUUCAGCAUCCACAAGGUGGAGAUGUUGCGUGAGGGCGUCAGUGUGGAGAGCGAAGAGGCGGCAGUGGGGCACGUGACGAAGGCCAGUAAAAGAGUAAAACAACCACGAUAGUUAGUGAGUUGUUAUCUCUCAGUAUCAUAGCACAGAUUUGGACAAUAGAGUAAUGCCUAGUCGUCUACAAGGCAGAAGCAUUAAUUGUUUUUGUUGUUUUGCCUUCAUUUAGUUAGUACUCAAAUAGAGCAGUUUUUUUUUGUUUCUGAGAGAAUGCCAUAUUUGAAAUCUGUAGGUCUUAAAAAUUCCGUAAAUCUCUUAAAAAGCUUGUUCACGCGGCGUUAUUCCGUGUAUGGAUUCCAAUGGCUUUUCGAAUGAAAAACGAGUCAAUGGACUGGCUGAACUUGGACAGGCGUUUGCCGGCCUGGAGCCGUAAGUAUCAACGUAACACGACAGGAGCUUAUCGCGAUCA